AUGAUUCGACUUCGGAAAAUACAGCAGGCCAAGGCUGAGGCAGCCCGAAAUGGAACAUCACCGCCAACAGUGAACCGUUCAGUUGCAUUUAUGAGGGCUAAGAAGGAUAUACAAGAGUACGAGGACAUUCCCUCGGUGGAAAUUCAGUACGAUAGGGAUGAUCCUAUGCAUAUCAAAUUGCAGGUUAUCCCUGAUAAGGGCUAUUAUGCAAAUGGUAAAUUCAACUUUGAAUGUACCAUACCGAAUGACUAUCCCAACUCAGCACCCGAGUUUCGUUGUUUACAGAAAAUAUACCAUCCGAAUAUCGAUUUAGAAGGACAUGUAUGCUUGAACAUUUUAAGAAACGACUGGAAACCCACAUUGACGUUGCAGCUAGUGUUUGCUGGGAUUUUACACUUAUUUUUGGAACCGAAUCCGAAUGAUCCCUUGAACAAGGAUGCUGCCAACGAUCUUGCCAAAUUCCCAGAGUCCUUUGGCAGACAUGUCAAGCAGGCCAUGAUGGGAGGAUACGUUGGAGAGGAGUUGUUUGAGCCUGUGGUAGCAUCAAUGAGAAACAGUCAACGAUACUACUAA